CCAUAUUUUCAAGAAUCUGGGUGUUCAUUUGAAGUUUUAAAUGUAGAUUUGUGUGUAGAUGUUUUGCAUCUGUUUAAAUUUUGGCUGUAUUUGUUACAGGGUAGAUAUUACAAAAUAUUGAUAGGCAGCUUCUUGAAAUGUUAAAUGGUUAAAUGGAUUGGCUAUGGGAGAAGUGCGCAGAUUUUUAGUUUCAAAUUGUUUUUACAUUUUCAGAAUGUUUACUAUUUUGUAAUGAAAUUAUUGUUUUACCAAAGACAACAAUCAGACAAAAAUAUGAGAAAUGUUUGCAUUUGUCCAAGGCUAAUGUUGACUUAAAUAGGUCUAGGUCUUCAUGGUUGACAGCUGCAGAUAAUUAGCUUUUUUAUUCCUUAACAAAGAAAGCAAAUGGAGCUGCAAGAUAUCCAUUGCUUUUUCUGUCAGCAUCAUAAUAAUGUAUGUACUAAACUUCCACAGUUUCUUAAAUUGAUUUAGUGCUAAGCUGCCUACGUUGUAUGUAACAAUGACAAGUGAAAGCUGGUGCACAUAUUUGUGUGGCAAAAGGGACUUGUGAUUGACAGUAAAGUUUCUCUUUACAAGAAAUAGUGUUAUGGAGCUCAAAACGGGCUUAGAUACAUAAUCUUAAUUCUUAGAGCAGAUUCAUAAAAUGAAUUUUGGGGAUGGAUUGUUAGUUCGUGAAUUUGUGUGUCUGUGUGUUCUUGGCUUUGGGUGAGGGCACAGAUGGACAGAAUCUCACCUGACUGAUGUUCAUGAAGAAAAAGCCUUUUAACCGUAUUAGUGUUAGUAACUGAUCUCUACAAAUAACAGAUCAGAUUAUGAUUAUAUGAAGUAACCAAAAAUCUCCUUUAGCUGUAAUGAAAUCUCAAAAGAAACCAAAUAACACUUAAACACUAAAAAAAAACAAACACUUUAACAUUUAAAAAAUGAUGUUAAGACCAUAUAUUGAGGUCAUUCUUCAGUUAAAGCACCCAUUUUUGCAUGUCUGAAUCUUGAGAUACCUAGAAGGUUACAUUGGCGGGCUGGUUCCUUAUCCUUGUGGGUAAGUGUGGUUAUCUUUAAAAAUACUUAAAAUAUUCUAUUUCUCUUUGGUUUCCAUGACACAUGCCCAAUAAUAUGUACUUGAAAAGUUCUUGCUGUCUAAUAGUGUUCUAUGAUGAACCCAGCAUUCUGGGCUUCCUCUUGCAUUGUGGAAAUACUUCCUAAUUUUGGUGGCAACUCUUGUUUGAGUGAAUGAGUGUGUGUGUUUGUGUGUGAGUGUGUGUGUAUGAGGGGGGAGGGAAGGCCUGUGUGUCCUUGUACACUGGCAGCCUCUACUGGCCAUGGUGAGGAGCAGCAUUGACCCCUGUUCUUUCCAUUCCAGGUUGCAGAUGAUUGUACUUGGUCUCAACUCAGUUUUUUGGUCUUAACUCUCAUUAUUGUCGCCUUUGAAAGACGGGUUCGUCUGUUGGAUAUCUUGAUAUGUAGUUACUAAAAAGGGCUACUAGUCCAUUUUGUCAUCAAUAAACUAACAUCAUAAAUGAGUGGAAUUCUUUAGAACCUUGGAAGAAGUUAUGAAUAAAACCCUGCUUUGAGAAAUAAUUUCUAUCUAAGAGAAACCAUCAUGCAGACAUCAGAGACUGGGUCAGACACGGGUUCGACAGUGACUUUACAGACAUCUGUGGCUAAUCAAGCAGCAGUGCCUACCCAGGUGGUACAGCAGGUACCAGUACAACAACAGGUACAGCAGGUACAGACUGUGCAGCAGGUACAACAUGUCUAUCCAGCUCAGGUGCAGUAUGUGGAAGGAAGCGAUACUGUCUACACCAAUGGAGCAAUCCGAACAACAACAUAUCCUUAUACAGAAACACAGAUGUACAGCCAAAACACUGGAGGGAAUUACUUUGAUACUCAAGGGAGUUCUGCACAGGUGACAACCGUGGUCUCCUCCCACAGUAUGGUGGGCACUGGUGGGAUUCAGAUGGGCGUCACAGGGGGACAACUCAUCAGCAGCUCUGGAGGAACCUAUUUGAUUGGCAAUUCAAUGGAGAAUUCAGGUCAUUCAGUGACACAUACAACUCGAGCCUCCCCCGCGACAAUUGAAAUGGCGAUUGAGACGCUGCAAAAGUCUGACGGUCUGUCCACUCACAGAAGCUCUCUUCUCAACAGCCAUCUCCAAUGGCUGUUGGACAAUUACGAGACAGCAGAAGGAGUGAGCCUUCCCAGAAGUACCCUAUACAACCACUACCUUCGACACUGUCAGGAACACAAACUGGACCCAGUCAAUGCUGCCUCUUUUGGGAAACUAAUAAGGUCGAUUUUUAUGGGGCUUCGAACCAGGAGAUUGGGUACCAGAGGAAAUUCCAAGUACCAUUACUAUGGGAUUCGUGUGAAGCCAGAUUCUCCCCUUAAUCGUCUACAAGAAGAUAUGCAGUAUAUGGCUAUGAGACAACAGCCCAUGCAACAGAAGCAAAGGUACAAGCCUAUGCAGAAAGUAGAUGGGGUUGCAGAUGGCUUCACAGGAAGUGGUCAGCAGACAGGCACAUCUGUUGAGCAAACUGUCAUUGCCCAAAGUCAGCAUCAUCAACAGUUUUUAGAUGCAUCCCGAGCACUUCCAGAGUUUGGAGAAGUUGAAAUCUCUUCUCUGCCAGAUGGUACUACCUUUGAGGAUAUCAAGUCACUACAGAGUCUUUAUCGAGAGCACUGUGAGGCAAUAUUGGAUGUUGUUGUGAAUCUUCAGUUUAGCCUGAUAGAAAAAUUAUGGCAAACAUUCUGGCGCUAUUCUCCCUCGACUCCAACUGAUGGCACUACCAUUACUGAAUCAAGCAAUCUGAGUGAAAUAGAAAGUCGACUUCCGAAAGCAAAGCUGAUAACUCUGUGCAAACAUGAGUCUAUCCUGAAAUGGAUGUGUAACUGUGACCAUGGGAUGUACCAGGCUUUGGUGGAGAUUCUCAUCCCCGACGUCCUUAGACCUAUUCCUAGUGCCUUGACCCAAGCCAUUCGAAAUUUUGCAAAAAGCCUUGAAGGUUGGCUUUCCAAUGCCAUGAACAAUAUUCCACAGAGAAUGAUACAAACCAAGGUUGCCGCUGUAAGUGCCUUUGCCCAGACUCUGCGAAGAUACACAUCGCUCAAUCACCUGGCCCAGGCAGCCCGAGCAGUGCUUCAGAACACUUCCCAGAUCAACCAGAUGCUCAAUGACCUCAACCGUGUUGACUUCGCCAAUGUCCAGGAGCAAGCUUCCUGGGUAUGCCAGUGUGAUGACAACAUGGUUCAGAGACUAGAAACAGAUUUCAAAAUGACUCUUCAGCAGCAGAGCACACUGGAGCAGUGGGCUGCGUGGCUGGACAAUGUGAUGAUGCAAGCACUGAAACCCUAUGAAGGAAGGCCCAGUUUCCCUAAAGCUGCCAGACAGUUCUUGCUAAAAUGGUCUUUCUACAGCUCAAUGGUUAUUCGAGACUUAACCUUGCGCAGUGCUGCUAGCUUCGGCUCCUUCCACCUGAUCCGUCUGCUCUAUGAUGAAUACAUGUUCUACUUAGUAGAACAUCGUGUUGCUCAAGCAACAGGAGAGACACCCAUAGCUGUCAUGGGCGAGACAUACCUUGUAGAUGAAAAAAAUACUCCUAUCAUGGAACUCUUUAUAAGCAAACUUCCGAAUUUUGGUGAUUUAAAUGCUGUGUCUCCUGGAAAUCUGGAUAAAGAUGAAGGCAGUGAAGUAGAGAGUGAGAUGGAUGAAGAACUGGAUGAUUCCUCAGAGCCACAAGCCAAAAGGGAGAAGACAGAGCUGAGCCAGGCCUUCCCAGUGGGCUGUAUGCAGCCUGUCCUGGAGAGCAGCGUGCAACCAGGCCUUCUGAACCCAAUCCACAGUGAGCACAUUGUCACCAGUACGCAGACUAUCAGACAGUGCAGCACUACAGGAAAUACCUACACUGCAGUCUAAAGAUUAUUAAAGCAUAUUUUUACAGCUUACAGUAAACCUGUUGAUAUUGGGCUUAAGUUGAAAAUUUCAUAAGCCUGAAGGUCGACUGUUGUCAAAUUCUAUCUGUGCUGAACAUUACCUUUUUGGAGUUGUGAAAUGGAAUGGGUGUGUGUAUUUUGCCAGGUAUUUUUUUAACAUAAACAAAUUAUUUGCCUCUUCAUAAUGAGUUUUUUUUCCCCUUAGUUUCAGGUGUCAAGAAGGAUUUUUACAACAUUUAAUGUAAUGUUUUUGUUUUCUUAUAAUUAAAAAGUAAAUUACUUUUUGUAGCUUAAAAUAUUUUAUUGUUGAUUGUUAGUCUUGGUGUAUGAUUUCAUGUGUAAGUUUUUUAAUUAGAUGCACUUCUGUGAAAUAUCAAAAGAAAUGAAUUUCUUUGAUUGACACUGGAGGCAUGCCCAUUUGGCAGCAGAUGCAUCCAUUUUGCUUUUGAAAGGUGCUUUUCAUUGGACAGAACCAUGAGACACUAUUUUGAUAACAUUUUGGAUUAGGGAAAAAGAAUACAGAGCAUUUUGAAUAUAGUGCUAGAGGGUUGGGAAGGUCAUCUAUUUUUCUCUUUAGAAAAAUUGAGCCGGGCAUUUAUCAGUUCGGGGUAAAUGACAGAAUUGUGACAGAAUAUGCUAAUAUGUACAUAAUCUGUGUACAUAAUUAUUAAACCAUGUUAACAAUGCAAGCUUCCGUUAGAUGUUGAAUUUUAACCAUUAUUUGCAUCCCAAUUCCUCUGUUUGAAGACUACUGAUUCUGUAUUUGGGACCACUGCACACAGAUGCAUUCUGCUGUUAAGUGGGGCUGUUAGAGUUAGAUACUGAAGCUGAGAAAAUGACUUGACUUUUUUUUUUAAGUGUACAUGCUACUUAUUCUGAGCUGGACAUACAGGAAACCAUUCCAUUUGAAUGACUUUCUUUUAUUCCAGGUCUUUUUUCUAAUAGUAGUUCAAUAUGCUGCUAUUAUAAAAAAAAAUAUAUAGAAUGCAAGGAAUGUAGCAACCUGCAUAUCAUUAUUUCCUUCAAAACUAUUUCCUGGUUUCUAAAGUAUGUGGAUUUAAAUUUCAAACUGAACCUGAAGGCAGUGUAACUGGCACACCUCACUGUUAUGUACCCCAAUUCUAUAGGAUUUGGACAGGUGGCUGGAUGGACCAUUGCCAUUGAAGAAUGUACAUCAGGGAUCAUUGUACCUCGGCUAUUACAUGGUGCCUUAAAACAGAACUGAAGCUAAGGUUUAGUAAGGUUUAUUUUAUUCAUGUGAAUAACUCUUCAAUCCAUUUGACAAAGUGUGCCUGUCAUUUUCAGAUUCCUGAAGUAAGGACAGGUUACAUGUUCUUCAAAGGAAGUGUAGGGAAAGUGAAGCAAAACAAAAAGAUGGAAAUCACUUCCCCUCUUUGAGUGACCGUGAACCUAUUUUUUAUUCUUAGAGCUAAAUAUUACUUGAUUACAAAUCAAAUUGAUUAAGGGUGUGGAAUAGCAGACUAAUUUUAAUGCCAGCUUAUUACAUAGAAAUCAUGUUUUAGAUCAGUCUUAUCUAGUUACCAUUCUAGAAAGUUAACAAAAUAAGCAGGUACUUAUUGAAGUGCAUCUUUUCAGUCUAAAUGUUUGUCUUUCUAUCUAGGUGUCUUUGCGUUCACGUGUACACACGCGGGUGCCCACGAGGCAGGAGUCUGUGACAAAGUCAGAAAGGGGAAAUUCUAGAGAACAUACACUCGUUCCCAUUUUAAUUUGCAUGUUAAUUUGCAUGAAAUGCCAAGGUUCUUUUAGCGCUCAAGUUAUUAACAACAACAAAAAGGCACAUCCUUUUGUUUUAAUGGUUGUAAAACACCCAUCAGCAAAAGCUAAUAAAUAACCACAGAAAGCCAAAAAAAAUAGAUAUUUAAAUAAAAGAAAGCACAAGAUUAUUUACAGAUGACUAUUGAGGCUUAUACUAAACUGAACAUGUUUAUCUUUCCAGUUGCAUUGGGGUGAGGGGUGGGAGGUUGGGAAGAAGAGGGCAGGUCCAUCUGUAAAGUUAAAGAUUCCAAAUGGCUUAGCAGGUCACAACCCAUCCUGACAAUGUUGUUACCUGAUUGCCUCAAAAUUCUCAAUAUAAACAGCAUUUCUGAAAUAAAAUUUAAAUGUUUUAAAUAUAAUUGUUAAAUCAGUUCAAGUUUUGUAUUGUACAAAACUUGUACGUAUCUGAUAGUCUUCGCUAAUCUACACCUUCAUCUAAAUACCAGUUAAAUAAUCUCCCCCCUUCCAAAAAGAUCAAGGAAUUUGCAUCUCACAUACACCUGCACACAUGUCCAGAGUGAAAUAAAACAAGACAAAGGAAAAGUGUACACUGCAAAAGACCACUAUCUACUUAAUUGUACAUGAGGAAAUGUUUACAUGGAAAAUUAAAUUCUAAACAAAGGAAAAACACUUUUCAUUUUGACUCUCCUUUCUGAGUUUUUCAGUUUCCUGUCUCUUAUUGGCUGUCUCCAUAACACUAUUAUACCUGUUUGGGACCAAAUGUUUUUACUUGUUUCAUCUUGUUUAUUGAUUGACCUUAAAUGUACUUGUUAACAUUGCUCUGUUUAAUUUAAUUAGGUAUAUAUGUAUCAUUAGGGAAAAAUCAGAUAUAAUGAACAAAUUUAAAUUUAUGAGAGUUAGGAAUUUGGGACCCUCCAGGAUUCAACAUUUCUUCCAUUUGUUCAUGGUUUGUUUAAAUGAGGACAGAGUAGAAAUUAAUAAAUAUUAUCAUGUUUGACGUGGACUUAAAAGUAUUCUGAUCUUUAGGAAUACUUAGCAAUACUAAUGCUAUGUAGCUAGCAUAGAUAGUCCUGACCAACACACAAAAGAAUGCCUGUGGUUUAUGCCACUUCGUUAAGUGCCACCGCAUUAAGGGGACACGUGCAUUAAGCCCUCUCACACAGACAUUUCCAUCAACUUUCAAUUUGAAUUCUGAAAUAUAUUAAAAAGUAAAACAGUAAUUUACAUACUGGAGCACAGUUGUAGCAGUCGCACUUUUGUUUGUUUGAUGCUUUAUUUCUAUUUUUCUUCAUUCAUUGAAACUGACUUUCUAAAUUAUAUUAGCCACUAAUACCCAUGAAUUACAUUUAUUAAGUGGUACAUGUACACAUUUUGAGGAUUUAUUGGUAUUUCUUAAUUGAUAUUACUAUUGGAAUAGUAAUUCAACACUGGUGGUGAAAUGUAUCCCCAUAAACCAAGAGUUAUACUUGCAGUAAUGAAAAAAACAUAAGGAAGAUGGCUUUUGUUUUAAGUUUCAUCAAAGAUUUUUUUCAUAUAAUAUGGGUAUGGUUUGAUCUUGAUGUGGACUUUGUAAAUCAUACCCAAAUAUUUACAUUUAGACAAAUAGUGAACAAAGGGAUGGAAUAGAUGAACUAUCUGGAACACAGGGCCCAAUUUUCCAUUUUUCAUUGCAUACCGAGUUGCUGGUCACUUUUUGGGAUUUUCAUCCAAACUGUUUGGACUGACUAUAUAAGUCUUACUGCCUUUUCAGAAAUCUGCUUUUCUUUUUGUCUUUUUCUUGUACUGUAUAGCACGGUUCAUGCACCUCUCUUUAGAUGGUGUACUUUAAAAAAAAAAAAAAAGAAAACAAGUAGAAUUUCAAAAAUGGUUUUAUCACUGCAUACCUGAAGUUAGUUGUGUGCAGCAUUGACUGCCUAAAUGAGCACACAUUCCUGCGGAAUGUUGUGAAAGUCAUUCAGGAAUGAAUACGAUUUUGUACCGUCAUCAUAAACUUUUUUUUAUGUGGUUGCACUGUGUAAAAGUGCUAAAUUCAUUUUCAAAUUUAAGAGAAUUAUUCAGAGGAUAUAUUUGAAAUGUCUAAAACAUUGCUGUACUAAAACAUUGGUGUCAAGGAAAGAAAUAUGUCACUGUGAUGUUGGUCCUCCUCAGUGUGGACGCAGUAGGAAGUAAAAAAUACUUGGCAAGUCUCCUUUGUAUACAAAAUGAAGCAGUGGUGAUAUAUGAUGGAUUCUUUUUUUUUAAUGUAACUUCUUCCCCCUUCCCAAAUUCUUUUGAAAAGAAUAGUAAACAUCCAAAAAUUGAAAUCAGAGCUUUUGUGAUCUCUAUGAACCAUACCAGAAAGUGGGGGAGGGAGGCUAGUGCAGUGCUACUGAAAACCAGGCUUUUUGCUAGACCAGAACAACCUCCAUGUGUAUGGUUAGAACAAAUCAAUUAACCAAGUUUUAGUAUUUUUGCAAGUUUGGUGAUUUAAGAAAUCUGGAAUCGAAGCAUUCAUUCAGUGCUUAGGUCUAUUACUAGAAAACCCCUUAUGUAAUGCCUUGUAGUAACCCUUUGAGCAUUGUAAGAUAUACAAUGGGGGAUAAAAGCCUUUCAGAUCAUUUAUUUAGACUUAUUAUAUUAGACCAGUAAAAUAUACUCUAUAUCCAAAUAUCUAAUUAUGCUGUUUUUUAAAGGGGGGGUGGUUAGGAAGAUAAAGUGUUUCCAUGCUGAACACUUACAUUUUAUAUACAACUGUUAAUUUUCCUUCAAGAGGGCUUGAUAUAUUUAUUCCCAAAUAUUCACUGCCAUCCAAGUAAGUGUACUGUUUACAGAAAACAAAACUCAACUUUUCUAGCACCGCAUCAUGAAUCUCUAGAAAAGGAGGACAAAUACAUGGGCCUGUGUAGAUCUAUGUCAGAACUGGUUUCUGCACAUUGGAGGUACUUAGAUUGCCUUUAAUUAAAGGUAUGAUAAAGAAAGGGUUAUAUUUCUUUUUCCUCCCCAAAACAAAGAAACAAAUAAAAGAUUUCAUUUAUUUAGCUUUAGGAAGUACAAAAGCAAGUGAAGCCUUAGGAAGCCAAGAGUUCUAACGAGCACAGGCUCUGAACUCUUUGGGGGGCAGUUAGGCUAUUUUUGGACUGCAUCACUCAUAAAAUAUUAUUUGGGAAUUCAUACAGGGCAUAAUUUUAUCUAUGCUCCAAAACUUUAAUACUUUGUCAGAAACAAAUUAUAUCUAGAUAGAAUGGAGAGCAAAGCACUUGAUUUUAAGCUCAUCUGUCCGGAGAUGCGAUGACGACUGCUCUGGUAUCUCUAGAGGUGGGUCUGCUUCCAUCAUUGCUGAUUUUGUUCAAGGGAAUCUCCAUGCACUUGACCCUCUCUGUCCCCUGCGUGAUCAAAUAUGGGAGCAGUGUUGUCUGUAGCUGUGCUUGUGCUGCCCUCCCUGGGCACAAAUAAGAGUAUGACCUAUUCUCGAUGUCUGGUGAAAGGACAUCCAUAGCAUAGUGCAAGUAUGCCGUAAUCAUUGUUUUUUAGGCAGUUUAGGAAGUCAAACCAUGCAAAUUACUCAUGUGAUAACAUGCAAUACUCAAAGGGUUUUAAUUUAACUCUUCUUUUGAAUUCUUCAUGAUGAUUUACUGUAAAUGCUUCUCAGUUUGCAUGCCUUGAUCAUUGCUGCUAGUGAUUUUAUGUGCCAGUAGACCUGAGUUUAGUUUACCAAUUUUACUUAAAUAGUAAAAGCCACUUACAAAGUGACUGCCUAGGAUUUUUUCCCCUUUUAUUUGAAGAACUUGGUAAUAUGUUUUUUUUUUCUUUUCAUAACAAAAAAUGUUUUGUCCUCUUAUUUGGUUCUGGUAUCUGACUUUCCCCCAUCCUUUUUUUUUUUAAAUAAAGUAUGAUGUUGGGAUUGGAAGCCCUGAGUAAUGAAAUAUUUGGUAAGAAUUGUUUAUGUAGCUCUAUAAUGAGGACAAAUCUCUGUUAGAAUUUUGACUCCAGAGAGGAAAGAAAAAAAUUUUGAACUCUGAUUGACUGUUGAUGACAGUUAAGUAAAAAUUUCCUUUAAUAAAUUAGUGUUUCUGAGCAAAUGACUACCUUGUUUUUAACCUGCUGAACACAAUUUUAAAUAAUCCAAUGAAGGACAUAUUGAAUUUUAUUCAUUUAAAAAGCAUCUUUUGUACCAAAGCAAAUUUUUUUCUCUACUCAUCUCCAUCAUCAAUUUGGACCUAUGGUGGUGACCAAUGAGUUGGUUACAGAAACUUUUUAAGUGAGUGCCUUGAGAAAACUUGGAAAUUUGUGCCUGAGGUGGUAAACUUUUAAUUAGGUUAAUUGUAGUGCUUACCAAUCAGUAAUUCUACUAUCACUCAGGGCUUUCGUACCUUCCAGGUAAAACUUCUUCAUUGUGUUUUUUUGAGAUACUGUAUUUUUUUUUUAAGUGCCAUCAUUUAAACUUCACUUAGUAAGUGGCAGAUUACAUUAUUCAGUCCCACAAGCACAGAAACAUAGUAACACUAGGAGAUAUUUCAACAUUUAUUUUACAAUCGACUGAAUAUAUUAUGUAAAUGAGGUAAGCAACUUUUGUAGAGAUUGUAUGUGUGAGAUAAUGUAAUGUUCUUUUCCAGUUUUUGGACUACAGUUGAAUAAACUUUUUAAUUAUUUAAAAACAUCUUUACCGAAUAACAUGUGAUGGUUUUUUGUAUAAUGUAUUUGAUUUUGUAAAUACGUAUUUCCUGAUGUGAUUUUUGUGAGAAAUGCUAAAUCUUUUAGUAUAUCAUGUCCUCUCAAAAUUGGCAGGAGCUAAAUAAUAGUUUGUGGGCGAUUUGUAUUGUGUACUGUACAAUAACUGGGGAACUUUUAUAAUUAUAAAAAUAUAUAUUAACUUUUAGUGUGUUGUUUAAACAAAUGACUGGAACAUACUAAAGAUAUUAGUAGGAUUUUUCUGAAUAUUUCAGACUUGAACUCAGGCUAGCUUUCUUGUGUUUUUCAAAACAAAAU